AUGGCUUCUUCUACCUGGUCCUGCCGCUGCUGCCCCGGUGGGGUGGGAAUCGCUUCCACUGCUCCUCCGGGGGGCUGGCUGGGUGGGGGUCGCCUUCUAGCCGCUUCUGUUUCCCUGCGCUCUCUAGCUCUCCGCUUGCUGCUGCUCCUCCUCCGGGAGGAGGCGGAGGUGCACGGAGGAAGAUGGGGGGGGGUCACCUUCCACCCGCCACGGCUGCCUCGUGAGCUUGCAGUUCGGUACGUGCCGAUCCACCGCCGUGAGCAAGGCAGGGGCACACUCGCACGGAGCUGUUCGGUCCCGGCAGCGGCGGCUUCCCUGAGCGCCGGCGGAGCCGUGCCAGUCCGGGAGCAGCGGCGGCGGCGGCAGCAGCGUGGCGAGCGGCGCCGCCUGCUCCUCACUCACAUCCUCGCCGCUGCUCGCAGUCCGAGCGCGGGGUGCUGCGCGCCGCCGCGUGUGGCUGCGCGCCCCCUCCGCCGCGCCGCGCUCCCCCCGCGCCGCGACGCCCCUCCCCUUCCCCGCGCCGUGCUCCCGGCUCGGCUGCACCCGGGCGGGGCCCCGCGUCACCGCCGAGCGCCCGCGCCCCGCUCCCCUCCCCCCGGCCCCGGCGCGGAGCCCACUUGUUGCGCGGGGCGCGCAUGCCCGGCGCGCUGCCCGUGCCCUCCCCGGCGCGGCCGCAGCUGGAGCGCGGCGGGGCGCGGGCAGCCUGCGCUGCCGGCUAUGUUUGGAAACUUGAACGCCAGAUCGCGCCCUCACCCUCCUCCCCGGCCGCGCUGCCGGCCCCCCGCCGCGGCACCGCGGCCAGGGCGCGCAUGCACAGUCGUUGUCGUUGUGGUGGUGUGAUCUCAGUGACAGAAUGACACAGUUUUUGUAAGCCUGUGACUGCAUCAGAAGCUCUUCCACUUUUGAUUUGUUUAAACCAGCCAUG